AAAUUGAUAUUGCUUCUCAGUAUCAACUAUUCUUAAUUAGUCCAUUUUUUCUUACUGUAAAGAAACAUAUGCUCUUGACCACUGCAUCGUACAGUCGCCCCACGCGUUUCUGUCGUGAUAUGUUUGACCGGAGAUUUUCUGUCGUAACUAUCAGUCUUCUUACAUUAACCUUCCUGGAAAAGUCGACUCAAACAAAAUACAUAGAUGGCGUGAAUAUUAAUUUGGAUGCUUGGAGAAGGUUACAUCAUAUGAAUAGUUUGAAUAAAACUCUCAUAUUUCAACAAUACAAUAAUUUGAAUCUCGGUGACAUUUCCUGGGAAUCAGCUCAGGAACUUGCUACCUAUUUGGAAGUUUCUUCAAAAAACAAUUCCCUCCUAGGGAAAAGAGUGAUAGAGCUUGGUGCAGGGCUUGGCUGUGUUGGUAUAGCAGCUGCUUGUCUUGGGUGGGUGAAUGCGCUAUUUUUUAAAGGAAAAGUCAUCAUUCACAGUUAGUGUUGACUGGUCCACUCUGAUUUACACCCUUGGUAAAGUGAGUACAACCCCUCUGCAUUUUAAAAGCACAUUAUCUGAGAAUUGAAUUUGAGCAUUGACCAUUACAUUCUUUUUUUCUGUAAAUUGGUGUCUUAUGACUCUCUUGCAACGCAGUCGCUCGUUCUGAAAAGAGAAUAGGUGGUGUCCUAUAAUUAAAUAGCCAGUCUGUAGGAAUGUGUUCCCUAUAUCAAAAACAGACUUUUUUUCUUCUAUAAAGUUGUUUCCAAUAGUGUCCGGUCCAAUAGUCGAAGGUACAGCCUUCCUCUCCCUUAUACAUGUUUCGGAGAGACAUUAUUUUUUCUGAAUUUUGGUGACGAUAGUGGAAAUACAUGAAAAAUGGGCACCUACCCUCCUCCUCUUCACCCAUCAUUUUUAGAGCCAAAUCCAAUCAUGGCCUCAAAAAUAUCGUAAACUCUUAUUGUGCGAGGAUUUCUGUUGGCCUCAGAUUAUUUACGUCGAGAAACUUGUUCUUGUUGACCUUUUUCUUGAAAUUAUUGAAAACUAAGUCUGGAAGAAAAAAUUGAUAGGACAAUUUUUUAAGAGUAUCUCACGCCCGAUGCAAUUGUUAAAGCGUCUUUUUCGGCGAAUACACCAAUUUUUUACCCCGACAGAUCCAGAAUCUCCGAGAACCCCUCAAAAUCCCCUGUCAACUUAAAAUUUCCCGAUUGUAGUGGAGACCGUGAGUAAAUUCAGCGCUGCAAAUGUUGGGUGGUACCCGU